GCCUCGGCUGUCACUUUGUUUACAGUUGACUCCCAGUCUGGGCUAGCGUGAGGUGCGUGUGUGAUGAGCUCGCUGAAAUGGGCUGGUGAAGCUAUGGGGGGAUACAGUGUACGUGGUGGUAGAGCAGUGUGGGGGAUGUGUUCGUGGAGGACUAUAGUGCUGGUCACCGGGGUUGUGCUGCUGCUCUUGGCCCCCGCCCUCGCUGAUACUGGAUUCCUGGAGUCGAUAGAGAUCCAGCCGGAUACGACGGAGGCGGCCACUUCAGCCGAGACGCACAUCUCAGAAUACCCUGGCGGCUACAGCAUCAACUACGGCACCACUCUCCUGAUGCAGUGUGUAGCCCUCGGAGACCCGCUGCCGGAGAUCGAGUGGUUCAGGGACGGAGAACCGCUGCCAAUGUACGAAUGGAAGAAUGAGGUGUUGCAUGGGAUCGAGUUCACACCGUUCACAGACUAUGCCCGCUCCGUGCUGACCGUCAAUGCCACUGCCACCUCCAACUACACUUGUUCCGCUAACAACGUCGUUCAGGGCAGCCGCACCAUGGACUCGCGGACGUUCACCGUCUCCGUCGUACACCCUGUUAGUCCUGUCCGGCGGCCCCUGGGGUACUGUGCUCCAUACAAUGGCAGAGUAUGCCGGCAACACCUCGCCGGUGCAGGGCUAGUGUGGUACAACAUUACUGCAACUGACAAAGGCGGCUGGCUGAACGAGCACAUUACAAGAGAACUCUGGGGUGAAAUGAUUGAUAAUUUUCGUGAACCGUGCCGGACUGCAGCAGAGAAGCUUCUUUGCCAUUAUGCAUUCCCAGAAUGCCAAUUAGAAGAUGGUUAUCAAGUGGGGUUGCCCCUCUGCCAUGAAGACUGCGUUGCUGUGCGUAGCCUAUUUUGUGUCAACGAAUGGCUCCUAAUAGAGCAGAAUAAGCAGGAAAAUAGAAUUUUUAAGUCUCGAAGCCACUUCCGUCUGCCAAAUUGUGACUCGCUAGAGAAUCAUGGUGAUGGUUCCCGUCGUGUUUGUUCACACAUUGGUCUAACGUCUGUUGAUGAUGAGCUGGUUACAUAUGACUGUAGGAAGGGACGUGGGCGAUGGUAUUUUGGAACCAGGAAUGUAACCAGUAAUGGCAUUCCCUGCCAGCGAUGGGACUCGCAGGAGCCACACAGUCACCACCGGCCUCCAAAUGUGUUCCCGGAGGUGCAGAAUGCUGAGAAUUACUGCAGGAAUGCCGGUGGUGAGGAACCCUACCCAUGGUGCUACACGACUGACCCCUUAAUCCGUUGGCAACACUGUAGCAUUCCUCUGUGUGGUGAGGGCACUGAUGCAGAUAGUGGCAUAUUUCUACACGAAGAGAUUCACGAGAAACUGUUGCCAAGCCCCUGGCUGAUAUUAAUUGCAGGAAGUGCUGGGCUGGGAGGAGUCCUCCUCUUGGCUCUGAGUGCUCUGCUCAUUCACAAAUUAGUACAUUCCCGCCGAGGUUACUCAUCACCCAACAACCAAGAAGCCGAGGUAGACCUGAGCAAGCUACCACGCAACUCUGCCUACCACCAGACCUGUGCUCAGCUUAAUCCAAAACUGGAGAAACUGCAGUAUGAUCGUAACAGCAUCAUCUACAUCAGAGAUCUAGGGCAAGGUGCCUUUGGCCGAGUGUUCCAGGGCAAAGCACCAGGACUCGUGCCUGGGGAAGAAUUAACAAUGGUAGCAGUAAAAGUAUUGAAGGAAGAAGCAUCCGAAGACAUGCUAGGAGAUUUUGAACGUGAGGCAUGUAUACUUGCCGAGUUUGAUCACCCAAAUAUCGUAAGAUUGCUGGGUGUUUGCGCUUUAGGACGUCCCAUGUGCCUUUUAUUCGAGUUCAUGGGCCGAGGAGAUCUCAAUGAAUUUCUUAGGUCAUGUUCCCCCACCAAUUAUAUUGUGCGCUCUUCUAAUGGGGACACAUUUAGUGACACUAAACUGACAUAUAAGGACAUGCUGUGGAUUGCCACACAGAUUGCUGCAGGCAUGGUUUAUCUUUCAGACCGUAAGUUUGUUCACCGAGAUCUUGCAACUAGAAAUUGUCUUAUUGGUGAAGAUAUGACAGUCAAGAUAGCAGAUUUUGGUCUCUCUCAGAAGAUUUACAUUGCCGACUACUACCGAGGCGAUGACAGUGAUGCUAUUCCUAUUCGGUGGAUGCCUCUGGAAAGUAUCUUGUACAAUAAAUACACAGUUGAAAGUGAUGUGUGGGCCUUUGGGGUUUGUUUAUGGGAAAUAUUUUCUUUUGCAUUACAACCAUAUUAUGGGAUGACUCACGAGCAGGUCGUGUGUUUCUUGAAGGAAGGCGGUAUCCUCUCUGUCCCUGAUCACUGUCCUCCUGAAGCAUAUGCAAUUUUAACCUGGUGCUGGCAACGGCGCCCUCAUGACCGCCCAUCAUUUCAUGCCAUACAUCAGGCAAUGACAGACCUCUCUGCUGGCCGACCGGUGAUGGUACCCAAUCCACCGCCAAGUUCAGCCAUGUCUGGUUCAGCUCCCGCCACUCCCCGCCCAUGUUCUUGUGCACCUGAACCUUCUGCUUAGCUUACAUCAAAUGUGUAAUAAUCCAUCCCAUUUGGUUUUUAAUUAAUGAUGGACCAUAUGUCUGGCAUCAACAAUUUUAAUAACAGAAAAUGUUGUAUGUUAUUUUAAGAUGAAGAGGAUAAUGUUAGGCUGAUUUAAACUCGUGGUUUGAAAACAGAGGCUCCUCGAUUUAUUUGACUAGUUAUAAAGAAUUUAUGACUUGGUAGAAGCUCGUGUAUAUUUUAAUAAUGCUUGAAUUAAUAUUCCUCCAUUGCUGUAUGAUGUAUGUAGCAAAUGGCUGGAUGAAUCUUUUAUAUUAUUUUUUUAAAUGUCAAGUUGAAAUUUGUGUUUAUUUGUAUAUAGAUGAAUGACCAUAGGUAUUUUAAUCAAAGGGAUUUUAAAAUGCAAGUGUCGUAUUUUUUUUCAUGGGCAGAUUUGGCCACAAAUAUGUUACAUUGCCAGUACAAUUGAGAAAACACAAUGUAAUAUUUUAUAUACAUUUCAAUUAUUUCAUAAAUUAUUUAUUCAUAAACUUCUGAUUGGCAGAUUAUAAUUUAUUAAAAUAUUAAUUUAAUGAGUUAAAAUUAAAUUCAUCAAUAGUUUAUAUUUUAAUUGGACUUUAUUGUGCAUUUGUUUUCAACUGAAAUGUGAAUUUUUAGGUGGUGGCCUUCCACAUCAUUAUUAUUAUUAUUAUUAUUAUUAUUAUUAUUAUUAUUAUUAUUAAAUUUGCACAAAAUAUUGAAUAAGUUAACUCGGAAUAUGUACGUAAUGUAAACAGUAUUCAGGAGCGUGAGUAUUGUGCAAUUUUAAGAUGUGACUCUUCCUUGAAAUAUGUAUGAAAAUGUUUGCAAGCGCGCGCACACUACUGCAUGCAAAUGGUAAAUAGAUUUUUGUGACCAGUUCACAGCUUUAUUGGUGGUAAACAAAAAUCAACAAAAAUGUGAAAACUGGUCCUUCAGCAGCUAUCUGGUACAAAUUGUGUUUAUUUUAAUAUUAAUAAUAAUGGCAUUUUAUUCAUGAAAAUUCAUACAAUUAUAAUUGCAAUGAAAAUAUUAUGGUGUUUUAAAGUGUAGUAUAAAUUCAAGCACUUUGUGUUUGACUAUCUAUAACCCUUAAAGUGCAGUUAUCACCAUGUGGUGAUUUACAGUAUUUUGGGGGUUAUUGUGUGUUGAUUUGAACUAAGUCUGGUUUUUAUAUCAAUGCUGCUAAUAUGGACACAUUCUGUAUAAAUGUUGUGGAGUUUACCUUGACCCAGGGGAAAAAUUCUGCUAUCAUUUCAUGAUUGCUUACUAUACAAAUGCAGUUAUCGUCACAAAUGUUACUGUGCCAAUGCAGUAAUUGUCAUGGAAUGACAUUCCAACAUAACUAUAUGACAUAAACAGUGACACCUCAGCUUACGAAUGCCCCUAUUUAUGAACUUUUCGGGUUAGGAGCCCAAUUUCUUCGGAAAAUUUGAAUCGGGUUACGAGCUUUGCCUUGGAAACGAGUUUGUUGAUAGACGUAUAGCCAACCUAG